AUGUCUAUCCCUCAACUAUCCCAGAUAUUCCUAACAUGUCUCUCCCUAACAAUUAUUAUUCUAGCUCUGCCUAUUAUUUUAUCCAUUAUGUUUAAACCUUUAAACAACUGACCACAUUAUGUUAAAAAUGCUGUAAAACUAUCAUUUUUAGUAAGCUUAAUCCCAUCACUAAUAUGCUUAAAUUUAAAUCUUCAAUCUUUUACAAUUUAUUACCGAUGACUCCUCAUUCCACCUACAGAAAUUAACAUUAGCUUUCAAUUCGACCAAUAUUCUAUGAUCUUUAUAACAAUUGCACUUUACGUAACCUGGUCAAUUCUAGAAUUCGCCAUUUAUUAUAUACAAACGGACAUUUUAAUUAACCGAUUUUUCAAAUACCUACUGACAUUCUUAAUUGCUAUAUUAAUCCUGGUAACAGCUAAUAAUAUAUUUCAGCUUUUCAUCGGAUGAGAGGGCGUCGGAAUCAUAUCUUUCCUUUUAAUCGGAUGAUGGCACGGCCGCGCCGACGCUAACAUAGCUGCACUUCAAGCAGUCAUCUAUAACCGCGUAGGAGACAUCGGGCUCAUGUUAUCCAUAUCUUGACUUCUAAUCAAUACUAACUCAUGGGACAUCCAGCAACUUUUUAUUCUUACAAAAAAUAUAGACAUAACCCUUCCCGCAGCAGGGCUACUACUAGCAGCAACAGGUAAAUCUGCCCAAUUUGGCCUACACCCUUGAUUACCAGCAGCCAUAGAAGGCCCUACCCCAGUAUCCGCCUUGCUCCACUCUAGCACAAUAGUCGUUGCAGGAAUUUUUCUCUUAAUUCGCCUCCACCCGCUUAUCGAAAAUAAUAAUAAUAUUCUUACUGCUGCACUCUGCCUUGGUGCAAUCACAACCUUAUUUACUGCUACAUGCGCCCUCACACAAAAUGAUAUUAAAAAAAUUGUUGCAUUUUCUACAUCCAGCCAGCUUGGCCUUAUAAUAGUUGCCAUUGGUCUUAAUCAACCACAACUGGCGUUUCUUCACAUCUGCACGCAUGCAUUCUUUAAAGCAAUACUCUUUUUAUGCUCUGGAUCAAUUAUUCACUCUCUUAAUGAUGAGCAAGACAUCCGUAAAAUAGGAGGAAUCCAUAAAACACUCCCCUUAACAUCUUCAUGCCUUACUAUUGGUAGCCUCGCAUUAAUAGGAACCCCCUUCCUCGCCGGCUUCUUUUCAAAAGAUGCAAUUAUUGAAGCCCUGAAUACCUCUAACUUGAACGCCUGAGCCCUUAUACUAACAUUAAUUGCUACCUCUUUCACCGCCGUAUACAGCCUUCGUAUUAUUUAUUUUGUAUUAAUAAAUAAUCCACGAACUCUCCCACUUUCCCCUAUCAAUGAAAAUAACCCCUUAAUCGCUAACCCUAUUAAACGCCUAGCAUGAGGAAGUAUCGUUGCCGGACUUAUUCUAUGUCAAUAUAUCCUCCCCAACAAAACCCAAAUACUUACAAUACCGCCUACGCUCAAACUUACUGGCCUUAUCGUAUCAUUAUUAGGCUUAAUUACAGCAUUAGAACUAGCCUCAAUAACUAAUAAACAAAUCAAAAUUAGCGCUACAAAACUCACUCACAACUUCUCCAACAUAUUAGGCUUCUACCCACAUAUUACCCACCGUCUAAUAUCAAAACUACCAUUAACACUUGGACAAGUUUUCGCCACACAAACAUCAGACCAAUUAUGAAUAGAAAAACUCGGACCAAAAGGCAUUGCCCACGCACAACUCCUCACCACCCAAAAAAUUACACACGCACAUAAAGGCCUAAUCAAAACAUAUUUAUCAAUUACAGUCUUAUCCCUUUUUGUUAUUAUACUACUAAUUAUAUUUAUCUAA